GUACGAAACUACAGGCAUAAGACCUGAACACUUGAGGGAUGCAACGCCUUUGAAGCAAGUGCAAAGGAGGAUACAGGAUUUCCUUUGCAAUGGAGAACCAAUAUGGAAAAUAAGAUCAAGGGGUGGGAAGGCAAGAAGACUUGUGGGACACGGUUUAGAUCACGACCUCGAAUGCCUCGGUAUUGAGUAUCCUGCAUUUAUGAUGAGGGACACAGCCAACUAUCCACCAUUGAUGAAAACAAGCAAGCUCAGCAACUCACUCAAAUAUCUAACACAAGCCUACCUUGGUUAUGACAUUCAGACUGGCAUACAAGAUCCAUAUGAGGAUUGCGUGGCUGCAAUGAGGCUCUACAUUCGAAUGCGGUCGCAAGCUCACCCGCGUGACUACUCUUCAGGGUCGGGCGAGGCCCAAAACCGUAACAACUUUCCAUCUUGGAGGCAGAGGGAGCUCGAGAGGAUGACACCAGAUCAACUGUUGGAGCUUUCAGGCUCUGAUUACUAUUGUUGGUGCUUGGACUCUUGAGCAAGUCAUGGGAAUAUUACCCAUAUACUAUGGGUUAUGUCAGACUAGCACCAAGGCUAUAAUAUCUAAUGCCUUAUUAUAAGCAUAUAUAAGUGACUAUGGGUAUUUGGUGUACUCGGAUUAUCAGAAUACCUAGGUGGUCGUGCUUUAUGUACUUGUUUUACGAAUGCAUUAUGUACUGCAGCUGUAAUAACUGCAAUAAUCUGGGUCUCUGUGUGGCUACUGAAUCACCUUUCUAUGAAAAAAAAGGAAAAAAAAAAGAUAUAGUAUUAUGGUACUA